GUCCGAAACUGGGGAGGAGCCGAUUUUGACAAGGUCAAGGCAGGAAUGGAGCGUGAGAAGCAGGGACGCCGUUCCAGCCCGAAAGCUGGGGGGCCGCUGGACAUGACACUUUCCAUGACGGGUCGGGAGCGAGCUGAAUACGUCCGCUGGAAGAAGGAACGGGAACAGAUCGAUCAGGAACGCCUGGCACGGCACCGCAAACCCACCGGGCAGUGGCGGCGGGAGUGGGAUGCCGAGAAAUCAGACAACAUGUUCAAGGAGGGCUCUGCGGCCGCGCCUGGUUUGGAAGUGAGUUGCAGGGAGGAAAACAAGCGGCCCCCUCCCAAACCUCCCACCUUCGGGGAAUUCCUCACCCCGCAUCGUACCCAGCGGAGGAGAAAGGGCCGGGGGCGCGGCCAGGGCGCCGGGACCAAGCCCUACAGCAUGCACGAUAACCGGUGGGAGGAGAAGGAGCUGCUGGCAUCAACCGAGGAAGCCGAGAGCCGGAAGGCAGAAGAAGUGCCAAGUGGGGCCCUCCCGGAGCCUCCCCACUCCCUGAGCCCUGAGGAAGAUGAGGACCAGUGGGAGGAUGUCAGCGAGGAAGAGGAGGAAGAAGAGGAGGAGAAAGAAGGCAGUGGCAGCCCAGGGUUGUCGAGCGAGGAUGAAGCACCCCGCAGUGCGUCCCCCAAAGCCCAGCGUCCCCCCAGAACCGGGCAGAUGGGGGGGCUGGCACCCCCCCGAGCCCCUUCUCCCCCACCGAGCCCCUUCUCCCCCAUGGAAGGCCACCAGCCCGUCUCGGACUGGGGCGAGGAGAUGGACCUGACCUCUCCCCGCAGCAGCCUGGGGGACAGUCCCCUUUCAGGUCCCACUGUCCCCAAGUCGAGAGGGGCUUCCGGAGAGACUCCAG